CUCUCUCUCUUUCUCCGGGGCAUCGACAUGUCAUUUCGGAGUCUUGCUUCGCUGCUUGUGCUUGGCGCAACGUCUUCUGCCAGAGCUGCUCCUAGCCCUGCGGGUGCGCCAGGGGACGGUCUCUAUCUCUCCCAGCCUGAGCCUGUGCAGGUGGUGCAUCCACAGACAUUCCAAGGAAACGGGAGCAAUCCUCGCAUAGACUCGGCGGCAUCGUACAGACUUGUCGACACGUACGAUGCCAGCAACUGGUUUAGCAAGUUUACUGUUGAGAACAUAGCAGACCCGACUCACGGCUUUGUCAACUACCUCAACCAAGCCGACGCUCAGAGACUGGGGCUGUACAAGACGCAGAACAACCAGGUCUACAUUGGCGUGGACAACACGAAUGUGAUAUCGACGAGCGGACCCGGCCGCAACAGUGUGAGGAUCCACUCGAAUCCGUCGUACAACCACGGCCUCAUCAUUGGCGAUUUUGCGCACAUCCCCGGAUCGCAGUGCGGGUCGUGGCCAGCAUUCUGGAUGCUGGGCCCAAACUGGCCCAACUCGGGCGAGAUUGAUAUCAUCGAGGGCGUCCAUACAGACUCGAGCAACCAGAUGACGCUGCACUCUGCGCCUGGAUGCUCGCCCGGCGUUGGACCGGCGGGCGAGAACGGCUAUCGGGUUGCAAACUCGGACUGUGGUGCCGGCAGUGGCUACAACGGGUGCGGCGUCAAGAGCACGCAGGCCAACACAUAUGGCACAUCCUUUAAUGCCAACGGCGGCGGUGUGUACGCGACACUCUGGACCAGCUCGGCGAUCCAGGUGUGGUACUGGGCGCAGCGAGAUGUGCCGUCUGAUGUGCGCAACGGUAAUCCGAACCCAGCGUCGUGGCCGAAGCCGCAGGCGAAUUUCUACGGUGGAUGCAAUUUCGACUCGUAUUUCAAGAACCUCCAGAUCAUCUUUGACAUUACGUUCUGCGGAGACUGGGCUGGCAACGUGUGGAGUCAGUAUACGAGUUGCUACAAUUCGGACACGAGCUGCACGAGCUAUGUUGCGCGGCAGCCACAGAACUUCCGGGAAAGCUAUUGGCUGGUCAACAGCGUCAAGGUAUACGCAUGA